AUGCAGGCUACUUAUUGGCGGCAGACUGCCAUUGAAAUCAACCAGCUUGUCGAUAAUAUAAUGGCUAAUAUCGUUUCAAUGAAGAGGGACAUGGAAGACAGCUCAUCUGCAAGAGCAUCUAGGAACAGACGUUCCUGGCUGUCCCAGUCCAGCAUGCAAUUUGAGGAGACGCGCCUACAGACUUUCCAGCAUUGGCCGGAGAGCUUUCCUACUUCCCCAGCUGACCUGGCCGCUGCUGGCUUCUUUUUCAUUGGGCCUGAGGACAGAGUGAAAUGUUUUUGCUGCGGUGGGGUGUUGUUUGACUGGGUUGCUGAGGAUGACCCCAAGGCAGAGCACAAGAAGUUCUUCCCAAGCUGCUCUUUCAUCCAGGGGAAGGAUGUAGGAAACCAAGAAAUGCCUCAGACUGAGGGCCUCCAGGAUGCUGUGGAUGGACAGUUCCUUGGCAUGUUGCAAAACUUAAGCAUGGAAGAGGCUACUGUAGACUUUCAACCAGAAUACCCAGAUAUGGAGAUGGAAGGAGAUCGCCUGGAGACUUUUGAAAAUUGGCCAGCUUCUGCUCGGGUGACUCCAGAGUCGCUCGCCAGAGCAGGAUUUUUCUACACAGGUAUGUAAGCUCAAAAGAACUGAAAAAAGGGGUUAUGCUGUUUUAUAUUAUUAUUGGCGUAAUGAAAUUUAUAUACAGCUUGCUAGAAUGAAGCCAUUCCCCCUAAGCAGUUUGCAAACAAAAGAUACCAAAUGUUUAAAAAAGUUAUAUGAAAAAUGAAUAAAUAAAACCAGAGCUGAAAAAGCGUUUAGCUUUCAGAAGUUUUGGGAGGCUCAAACAAGAGCGGUGGCAGCCUGAAAUUCCUUUGUGAAAGUGCUGCUCUGGUUUGAGAUGGGUGCAGUUUUUGAUACUAUGGGGUGGUGCUUCACAAGAGCUUUUCCCAAAUGCAAAAACAGCACCUGCAGGAUCGAAACCCCAUGCUCCUCAUUGAAGGUGGGAUGAGUGUCUCUGUCUGGAGUAUGUGGGGGCUUUUGGUGCUGUGGGGCUCUUGGUUGGGUUGGGUGGAGGAACAUCUCUGCAGAGUGGCUAUUCCUCUUUCCUGCCCCAGUCUCCAGUCCCAACGAGGGAGCGCUGCCAGUUUGGAUUCUCCCUCCCCCAUUUUAUCCCCUGCAAAAAUGGGCGAUGGGCAAACCUCCCAUUUAACAGCACUUGCGACUUCAAAGCACUCUGCAAAUGUUGUCAUUGUGACAUCAUGUAUUGGACUGUUGGUCAACUCCAUCCACUUGCCAAAUUUGGCCAACAAGGCUGAUCUUGAGAAGGAUCUGGCCCAUGGGGCUAGAAAGGUUCCCUUGUCCUGCUGUAAGGUAUCAGCAUCGUCAUGGAGUGUCAGUGUGCAGCUAAUAUGAAGUAUGCACAUUCUCUGUGGUGGUUGCCAAUGUGGUGCCCACAAGUGCCAGUUUGCCCAGCAGUAUCCCCUAUGGUGCCCACAAAAAGCCUCCAUAAAUAUCUCCUUGGAAAGCCACAAUACAAGAGAGACCAAUCUUCUUGCUUCACUUCUGUUUGCAUUGGGUUAACCUCUUGCACUUUGGAAGACAAUCCUUUUGCAGCCAGUGCCCAUGUCACUUUCUCAAAAUUUUAAAUGUGUCCCCUGGCCCCAAAAGGUUUGUGGGCCUCUGCAGCGGUUUCAGCUUUUAAGUGAUUAACAUGAGACCUCUUGCCAUGGCUGUUUUCAGGCCAGGGGGAUUUUGUGCGGUGUUUCUACUGUGAUGGUGCUUUGAGGAACUGGGAGCGUGGAGAUGACCCAUGGAUGGAGCAUGCUGUUUGGUUUCCAAGGUAACACAUCCCUAUUGACCCUCACACACUUACAAACACACACUCCUCUUUCAGGAACAGAGAACAAUUGAUAUGUGGAUUCACAAACCUCCUGCGUAUAGCUAGUAACGUCCCACAGGACAAUAGCAAGUUGACCCACCUAACUGGUGAUGCCAACUUUCCCAGAUUCAACUUGGAAACUCUUGUUAAACAAUAACCUUGCAUGUUCAGGAAACCUGUGCCCAGAAGUAGAUAUUCAGUGUUUACAAGGAUAGGAUUUUCCAAUUGUUUGCCUAAGCGUUCAGAUGCUAGCGUUCUUUUCCUGCUUUGAAAGCAGAGAGACCUAGCUUAAUUGCACAUGAUUUCUGCUAGAAAGGCACAGACCCCCUGACUAUCUAGUGAACACACUGGACUGAAUGGAUGCGCAUUGCAGUUCCGCACUGAAUACUCACCAGCUUGCUAUUCUGCAUCCUUUUUGCAUUCUGUGCAAGAGGUCACUGCUGGCUGUCUUUUUUUAUGUAGAAGUGUAGCAACAAGUUCCUAAACCAUUUCACAUAUUUGCAGCUGCAAACACAGGUAUUUUUCCCCCUUUCUGAUCAACACUACUAUUAUUAUUAUUAUAGUAAUAUUAUUAUUAUGGCUGGGGCUUUUUUUCUUUGAUCCUCACACACCCUCCCCUCCUCCUGUGUGGCAAGCGACUUCUGGAAAAUAGUGAGAAUUCCCAAAGCAUUUUGUUGUACAGUCUGAUUCAACAGUUCAAAGGGAGGACAGAAGGCCAAAAUGUCACAGUCUGAGUGCAAGUGAAAUCCACUUUGGUGAUGUGCUAUGACUGAUGGCAAUAACUGAUGACCUGCAAUAAAAGUAAACGCUAUCUGUGAUGCUUCGAGUAUCACUGCUAUUCCUAUGAGAGUUUAGAUUUUAGAUUCUUUCUACAUGGCCGUCACAGUAUUGGGACUGUUUCAUCUUCUCUUCUCCCAUCCCACAUCUAUAGGUGUAAAUUCUUGCAGCAGUCCAGAGGGAGUGACUUCAUCAACAGUGUUCAAGAAGCGCAUAUCAAUCCUAUACUCCCGGUGAGUGUGUGUGCUUGUGCAUGUGCAUGUGUCUGUUUGUGUGUGCAAGUGUGCACAUGAAUGCAGUUAUUACAAAAUGAUGCAUAUCAUUUGUUUCCAGGAGGACAACUUACAUUGGCCUGAACAACAUCCCACCAGCUCCCAAGGUAAGUACUUCUGUAAUUUUGAGCUCUUACCUCUGUUGAUAUUGUUCCAAAGGUUGGAUGCCACCUCCAAUCUCUGCCAAGCUGUGGCAAGCAUCCAGGAGGGGUUCCAAGUGCUCACUCCAGGGUCUGUGUUCCUUUGAUAAUCAUAGACACAGUGGAGGCUUCCUUAGCUUUAAAAAAUAUGAUUUAUUCACAUAUUUACACCUGAAUUUGGAUGGAGGGAGUCCAGAUCUUACAGCAGGGUCAUCUCAAAAGGGGCUUGCUCCCCACAGCAGUGCCGCAGUGAAGCCCAAGGCUUCUCUCCCGCCUUUUCUAUGUCCAGGCACCCAAUAUCUUUCUGCCCUUUUUUUCAACUAUUGCAAGGCUCAUGCCAAAAGCCCCAUUUUGGUACAAAAUAACUCUUUCACACAUGUGUUAAGAUGCUAUAGGUUCUCAUGUAAACACUUGAACUUCUUAAAAUCUAUUUUGGGCUUCUAAAUAUAUUUGGAGUAGGGAAACCGACCUUGUGAACAGGGACUCCCAAUACAUGUCAUAUUCUCUCUGUGUGUUUUAUGCACAGAGCCUGCUCAGAGGCAAGCAGAUUCUCAGAGAGUGAGGAGAGAGACAGAAACAGGACGUCCAAAUGAACCAGGUAAGGUUGGUGGAAGAGAGUGAAGCAGAGCGGCCAGGUGGGAUAGGAGCAGGUAGCCUAAUUCUUGGCUAAGCAAAAUAACUCAUUUCUCUGUAACACAUCUAAAGACCGGCAAAAGCGCUCGGAGACCAAGGUGUCUUCACAUUACCAUCUUGGAGCACAAUGAAGAGGUUUGCUGUGUUCCCUGGUUGUUUCCACAGUGCUUCCCCAGCUGUUCACAUCAGUACAGUUUAAUUAGUGUCUGAUUCAUUUCUCUGAGUAUUGGCAGGGUGAGGAUGUCUUCUUCACCUCCUGCAAACAUGUCCACACCUUGGCUGGAGACGAAUUAGGAGUGGCUUAAGGACUUCAAUCAGUGUGAAGCUAGUUUGGGAAACAAUGCAUCAAAUAGCAAUAUUUCACAACAAAGCACAGGAUGCAUAUGCAUUUGGGAGCAAUGUUGUGAGACCAAAAAUUAAGAACCCAGUGCUGGAAAUGCAGCGAGUGCACAGUAAACAGAAGUUGUGAAUGCAGCUCUAUAAACAUGUGUCCCAUAACACACUUGUUGGGGCAAGUGUUUGGAUGCUAAAGGGCUUGGACACAACUGUUAGGAAUUACCAGAAUGAAACUAAAAUCUACUCUGAGUAGACCCACUAAAAUCAGAUGGCCCUGCCCAUUAAUUUAAAUGAUUAUGACUAACAAUGGAUACAACUCCGGAUAUCUGAGUUUGUUUUGAUGGCUGGUUUGUGGCUUUAACAUGGUUUUUGUGGGUCUGACCUCAGUAGAAAGCUGUGGCCUUGAGUCUGUGAGCAUUCUGAAUCUUAUCAUGCAGGGAUAGUCUGUGUGGUUUGAGAGUUUCUCAUACUCUUGACCCAACUACUUCAAGAGUAUGAAAAAUUUCAAGUGAUAGAAUUAAGAGGUUAUAGUACUAGUACUAAUGGCUACAAAGUAAAUGCAACUUGACGUGACAUAUUUCUUAGGGGGAUCGUUGCCAAGCAAGUCUAGUCUGUCAGUGUUAGCUUGGUAUCAACAUAGUUUCUAUUUUUUUUAAAAAAAAAACAACGUAAUUUGUUCCGCUAUAUGCAACACAUAGAGGGGACGCGGGUGGCGCUGUGGGUUAAACCACAGAGCCUAGUACUUGCCGAUCAGAAGGUCGGUGGUUCGAAUCCCCACGACAGGGUGAGCUCCCGUUGCUCGGUCCCUGCUCCUGCCAACCUAGCAGUUCGAAAGCACGUCAAAGUGCAAGUAGAUAAAUAGGUACCGCUCCGGUGGGAAGGUAAACAGUGUUUCUGUGCGCUCCUCUGGUUCGCCAGAAGCGGCUUAGUCAUGCUGGCCACAUGACCCAGAAGCUGUACGCCGGCUCCCUCAGCCAGUAAAGCGAGAUGAGCUCCGCAAUCCCAGAGUCGACCACAACUGGACCUAAUGGUCAGGGGUCCCUUUACCUAUGCAACACAGCAAAAUAAAAACUGCUCACAAAACAGUGCACUGAGCACCAUCCAAAAGAGCCAUGUUGUGAAAUGUAGAUUGCUUAAGUAGGGGGCUUUGUCCAUUUGUCAAGGGUUACUUGGUUCUUAAAAUAUUCCAGUGUUUGGGUUCAUAUGACCAAUUUUCACAGUGGGAGAAUGUUGACUGAAGGUGCUAAUUUCUCUUGACAAAUAAGUCAGUAUAAACUUACAGAAGAACAGGGAUUUUCCCCAGACUUCCUGGGCUCCAGCCCAACCCCUUUUUUCCACAACAUGGAAACUCUGGACUACAAGAUUGUCGUGUGGCACCAAGCAAUCAAAACGGCUCUUUUGGCUGCUCCUGAACCUUUCUCCUUCCUCUUGCUAGAGUCUCCUGUGAGCACGGAGGAGGAGCUGCGCCGGCUGCGGGAGGAGCGCAUGUGCAAAGUGUGCAUGGACAAAGAUGUGUCCAUCGUGUUGGUGCCUUGUGGCCACUUAGUGGUUUGCACAGAAUGCGCUCCUAAUCUAAGACGCUGCCCCAUCUGCAGAGGGGUCAUCCAUGACAGUAUGAAGGCAUUCCUCUCUUGAACUGGGAAGGUGGGUAAAAAAGGUACUACAGGAAAUAUUGCCGAACUGAGGACAUUGUCCAAGCCCCAUUGUACAAGCAAUAAUCCUUAUGCUUACUUAAUGGUGCAUGCGAUAGAAGCCAAAGUAACUUUUACACCCUUGGUCUGCCAUACCUAACCAUAGUGGCAGGUUCAGGUAUGCUCUCAACCACCCUGCCCAGAAUACCUCGCCCUUCCUCAAAGCAAGGCAAUGUGUGUGUGUGUGUGUGUGUGUGUGUGUGUGUGUAGGGGGUGACAGAUACACUCACUGAGUGGUCAGAAGAGGUGCCAGGUUGCCCCCAAGACUGAGGGGGCUCAGCAUGUGUCGCACGUGUAUGAUGUCAUGUGUGUGACAUCACAUUGUCUGGACGAAGCUGAGUGUUCUGGAGGAGCCGGCUAUUGAUGCUGCGAUGCACAAUAUGUGAUGCAUGUGACGUCAUGCGUGCGACGUGGCCAGCUCCCCUCCAUAUUGAGGGGGCCUAGCCCACUUCCAACAAAUAUUCAAGGGGCUGCAGACCUCUUGGCCCUCUAGAACUGGUAUGCCUGGUGGUUAGCCAAGGGUGCCGGCAGCAGGUUCAGUAGCCAAUAAUGAGGUAUGCAGGGCCUCCAGUAAGGGGAGAAUUGCCAGUUGUGUCAUUUCUCCUCAUGAUGCAGCUGGCCAUGCAGAUCUACAGAGCCAUUUCGCAGAAACCUUUGUGUGUCCAGCUGCCAGCAGAGAGAUGUUUUGAAGACUCGUCUGCCAUUUGUCAGCUGGAGAGGCUUCAUGUUGGCAGUACUCCUGUACUGAAGCACUCCUUAUGUAUCCAUUGGAAUAGUCUGCUCAGAAUGCCAGAAUAGCAACUGAACACAAGAGCUUUCUGGAUGAGGCCAGUGGCCCAUCUAGUCCAGCAUCCUGUUCUCACAGCGGCCAGCAGGACCCUGAGUGAGUCCUCUCCCCGCUUGUGAUUCCGCAGUAGCUGAUACUGGGAAGAAUACUGCAACUGUGCACAGAAAGGUGGGAGACAAACUGCCACUCAUUCACGCAUGAGAGGAAUUGGCAAGUAGCAAUUCCUAUGGGAAAGAUUGCCGGAAGAAAGCGUUCCUGAAUUGAAAGGAAAUGGUUUGCAUGAGGAAGGCACAACAUCUGCUUUGCAUGAAGGUCCCAGGUUCAAACAUUGGUAUUUCUAGGAAGGGACUCUUGCCUGAAAUCCUGGAGAGCUGCUACCCAUCACUAUAGACAGUACUGAGCGAGAUGGACCAGUGGUCUGACUCUGUAUGAUGACAUAGCUCCCUCUGUUCUUUCAGAAUCUUCAGAGGCCAGAUACUUGCUGCUUGAUGGACCCGUUUUGGCCCACAAUGACCCAGCCGGAGGGGACAUCAACUGA